CACUGUCGACUUACUUGUUCGCCAGAUUAUUGAUCAACCUCAUUUCAAAAAAGGCUUGCAAGCUAGGUCUUCCGAUAGUUCAAGUUCAAACCCUGAAACUUCAACUCAAACAGCAGUUUCUGGAGCAGGAACUCAGGAAGUUAGCCGUUCUCAAAGUGGAGGAGCCUCGAAGCAGGCAACAAAUAUUUAGAAACUGACUUUUUAAGCCGAUGAUUUCUUCAUACAAGAGAUAAAGUGGCUCAAGUAAACUUUCGCCAGUGCUUUGCACUUCGCACUCAAAUAUGAGACACCUUACAACUUAUGCAGGAUCAUCUAAUCGGCGUUCAAAAUACGCCAAGACGUUGAUGUUUUCAGAGUGAAGAUUUCUACGAGCUUGACGAAAAAGGGAUGGAAUAGAGCUCUCGAAAAAUUGCUCUAAAUCAUCAAUCCUGUCACGGGCCGUCAUGUUAUUUUUUUUAUCAAUCUUCCGCUUACCAAAUUGACAAUGGGCACAAUAACCAUAUAUAGUUUUCGCGCAUUUGCCCCAUAUUUAUAUCGUAUUUGGUCCAUGUCAUAUAUAUUCCAUUCAUAUCAUAUUUAUUUCAUCCAUGACAUAUAUUCAACUUUUGCACUUUAUUUUUGCGCCAACAAUAUUGUCCCACGCGGCACGCCAUAUUGUAACCGGUGGUUUCUCUCUCUCUCUCUCUCUCUUGUUUUUUAAUUUUUUUAAAUUUUUUUACGAAGGGAGAAAACACUCCUCGCAACUGAAAAGUUCGUAUAAACCUUUCUGUUACCGAAUUAAGUAUUUAAUUUCUUAAGGAUAUGAAAGAAAAAUUGAGGAGGCCCCCAUGAUUAUCGAGCCGCGGUCGAUGUUUUAUUGUUGUAUUCUUGUUUCAAGCUUCACCUUGUAUUGUUAAAAGCAAUUACAAAUAAUUUUUUAGGCAAAUUAGGGCUGAAAAGUUCUUUACAGGGAAUAAAUUGAAUGAUUUCGUAGUUUUCUUCUCUCUGUGAGUGUUUUAUUUUUUCAAGUGCAGCCUGCAAAUGAUUUAUUUAACAUGACGAAAAUUCUUGAAUUACACUUAAGCAAUUUUAAUUAUUUAUUCAAAAGUCUGACCAAUCAAGGUUUUAGUAUUUCGUUUUGAAAGAGAAGGAAAACAAACUUUGUUCAUUGUUUCCAAAGCUAAACAUUUUGAAGGAACGUUGCACCUUGGUUGCACGGAGAAAAGGGUAAACUUGUUUUCACACUGAGAAAGGAACCCCAUUCGUACAAUGUACAAAAACUAAUGUCAAUUAGGGCAUAAUUGAAAGGAAAAGAGCUGAUUUACUUUGAAAAUGUCCUUGCCUGAAAGAAAAGAGAGCACUCCAGCUGAUAAUGAAAGCUCUUUGUUUUGGCGUUGGAAUCGGCUUCAAGUAAAUGCUAUGGAAGAUCCUGAAUUGCAGAAUGUGCAAACAUUUUACAAUUCGGCCAAAAUAACAAGCCAGUCUCGGUUACUUUUUGGAGCGCAGAGCAGGAUUGUUGACGCCGAGAAUUCCUUGAAGAUGGAAAAAGAUCAGAAGACGAGAGACCCGCAGAAAGAUUUGACAGAGAAGUCGACAUCAAAUGAAAGCCAAGAAAAAGAAAUUGAAAAUGAAAGAAAAGUUUUAAGGACUGUAAUAGGCGCUGAGAAAGGGAAAUCAAACCCAUUCGAGUACUUUAAACAGCAUCGAUAUGAUAAAGACCUGGACCUGAAUGGAUGGGUGCUGGGCCCGAUAAGGGCAUAUGAAAUUGCUUCGGAACUUCUCCCUUCCUCGACUGUUGUCAGUUUGUUUCUUGCAAACAACCGCCUUGGAAAUGAAGGGGGCAGGGCCAUUGCAGAAGGACUGCAGAGGAACUGUUCUGUUAGGGAGCUGGAUUUGUCUGGAAAUAUGCUCGGGCGAAACUCAGUCUCCAGUAUUGGAGAGAUGCUCAGACAAAAUCGAACUCUGGAAAAGUUGAAUCUCUCGAGAAACGAUCUUACAGACCAAGACAUGGAAGUGUUUCUGGACUUUCUCAGCUCCGAAACUGUCCUAAAAGAGCUGGACUUAUCGCAUAAUAUUUUAUGCGAUCAAUUCGGCGAACAUAUGUCGCGAGUUUUAAAGAGUAAUAUUAUUCUCGAAAAGCUUUUUCUCAGCUCAAAUCAACUCGAAGUUACGGGCUUAAAAGCCUUGAUGCCUGGUCUUCGAUGCACGCAAUCGCUUCGGGCUUUGAACAUUUCGUGGAAUUACUUGUACGACGUCGGAGCCAAAAUUCUUGGCGAAAUAAUCGCUAACAACGAAAGCCUAAUUGAAAUCUCAGCCUGUGGAAAUCUAUUCACAGCCAAAGCAGCCAGCUUCAUUGCUAAGGGUGUUGUUAAUAACUCAAAUUUGAAAAUUCUUCGCAUUGGUCAGAAUUUGAUAAGAAACUCUGGGGCGUAUGCAUUUCUCGAUGUCUUAUCUCAAAGCGGUUCAUCUUUGAGCGCGCUGGAGAUUUUGGAUAUCGAUGGUACCAUUGUUGACCAAAAAUUUAAAGAAAGAGUAGACACUGACUUAUCUCAAUGGCCCGGUGCAUUAAAGGUUGUCAAAGCUUCAGUAGUUGAUGAAAUUUCUAACGAGCUGGAACAGUUUGUAGAAAAAUCGCCUGAAGAUCUUUCGUUCUGAUUUAAGUCCAUCAGAUUUUUUGUUAAAGAAAAAUGUUAUGAAAUAUUAAUUGACUGAUAAGGAAUAACUUAAAAAUUCACAAUUUUCAUUUUUUCGAUAAAAAAAUUACAUGUUAGAUGUAGAUUACCUUGCGCACAGAGUUUUGAAGAUUGAUUUCUUCAUUAUACAGUGGAAUAAACCGUGUUUACAACUUCUGUAGAAUGUAUUUGUUUUGAAUACAUUCAGUUCAUUUCACACUUGCCAUUCCUCAUGGGCGUUUUAAAUUAGCAGGCUACUUUUAAUGUAACUAGUUCAAUGGUGAGACCUUGGGCAGAUAAAUGAAAGAGAUUAGUAAACGAAUUUUGUGUUCUCUUAACCUCUCCAGCAAAUGAGUUGUGUGAUAUCGAAAGAAACUUUGAGCAGUCUUCAAUUUGGGUGUCGAAAGUAAUCCGGCUUUGCAUUG